CAAAGUUCUCCUCAGCCUUGUCCGUUUCCAUCCCAUGACGAAUUGACUUUCCUGGUCCAACUGAUUGAAUGUCAGGUUAGUGGUCCGUGCCUAGCCCCAUGGGUAACCGGUGUUUCGAAUACUCAUGACACUUCAGCCUUACUCGACAUCUUGGAAUUUUGGUGUAAGGUACCGGUAAAAUGUACGAAGAUGCGUGGUACAGUUUUGUACCGGAAACAAAUACCAAAAAGGAUCAUGUCACCUCGCAGGCAUCGCAACAUCGUCGCAAAGAAUCUCUUUUGCAGCAAACUAAUGGUAACAACCAAAUGUUGGACCAGAACUCUCCAAUGCUAGGAAUAUAUGAGGAUGAACCUGUAUCGAAAGACCCUCCGAAAGCUACAUUGGCACGAAGAGCAAAAUCAUAUAGCGAUUUCUACGAAGUAGCUAUGGCAUAUAUAAGCAAAGGCACGAAUGAGGGAAAGACACAAAACGAGCGCGAUGUCGAAGGAGGGGAAUCUAGCACUCCCCUUUUCGAGGAGCGGUACAGUGCGCUUGAGGAUGAGCUUGUGGAUGGAAGCCUCGAGGAAUACCAAUUAUAUCUAGAUCAAUUAGUUCUAUCCGAGCGUCAUCUCGACACUCUUUUAAGUGAUACCACAAGCGCAUUGGAUACACUUGCAAGUCUUUCCGAAUCGUUCAAAAAUGUCGAAGCACAAACCACAGCCUUUCAAGCUCAAUGUGAAGAUCUUUUGGAAGAACAAAAACGUAUACGUGAAUUGGCAGAUGAAGUUGGAACGGAUUUGCAGUACUAUGCUUAUCUUGAACCUCUGACUCGACGCUUGAAUGCUCCAGGUGCUGGAAGGCUGGUCAAAAACGGUGACUUCUUGGAUAUGUUAGAAAAUCUCAACUCUUGUAUUGAGUUUAUGGAUCAACAUCCAAACUAUAAAGACUCGACUGUGUAUAAGACUCGCUACACAACACUUUUAGAUAAAGCACUCAACCUCGUUCAAAUUGCUUUCUCAAAUUCUAUGCGUGAAGUGUCAGAUGACGCCUCAAAACAAUUGAAAGCCAAAGAACAAACGGAGACAAAUCAAUACAUUCUUCUUUAUGGCAAAUACGAAUCUGCCAGGGAGAAUUUAGGCCUUUCAAUUGAACGACUUUUGACGACUGAUGAAUUUGCGUUUGGGAGAAGAGGAGAUGUGGACCGAACACCGUAUAUCCAACAAUGGCAUAACCUAUACCAGCAAUUGCUUGAGUCCUACAUAAGAUCUCGUGAUCCUGUUGGACCUCUUGUUCUCAAAAAUCUUCAAAAUUUCUCAACUACUUCACCUCUCCCUGACAAAGAGUUUGAAUUAUUCGCUAGACGAUCCGUGCAAUAUGUUUUUGAUACAUGUCAGAAUGAGUUGAAAUUGGCAGCAAAAUUCUUUCAGAAUGGACCUCUUAUGGCAGAUUAUCCUCCACCUCCCAUUCCGUGGAACAUGCCUCAUUCAUACCUCGAGAAACUAGAGGAGAGUUGUCUGUCGCAUGUGAAGAUACUCCAUAGCUUCUUAACCCCAUAUUUGAGCAAUGGUGACUUGCAUCGAGUUUGCGACUUGGUUACUUGGUUGGGGGACACUUUUAUUUCAGCAGAGGCGCAUGAAGAUGAGAGUUGUGAUGGACAAAGAUUGGCUGCGCAGGUCUUGUUGGGCGUUUAUCUUUGGCCAUUAGCUGAUCAGCUUUUCAUCAUGGAAGCAAAAAAACUUGAGCACUUCAAGCCAUCUCCGGAAGAUCUCAGGAUCAUAUCGCCAAAUGCUCCGAAGUUAUCCAAUGAGAAAGCCAUUCCAACUAGUGGCUUGCGAGUCGAUACGGCCCUUAAGCCUCUUGAAGAAAGCACAUCCGUUGAGAGUGGUCUUUCAAAUGCCUUUCCGACGGUCAAGACGGCGGUCAGUUUACUCGUUUUAUACAACGAAAGCAUGCAUGAGAGAACACUCAAGAAAGGUGAUGUUCUUUACGAAAUCGUGCAUCAAACUACCGAAUCUCUGCAGAGAGCCGCAACAAUCAUAAAGCGAAGUUCGAAUAACAUAAUGGAUGCACAGCUAUUCCUCAUCAAAAACCUGAUGCUCAUCGAGAACCUAUUUAUGACCCACGAAAUCCCAGACUCAAUCCGUCAAUCCGCCGAACUCGACUUCACUCCUCUUUGGGAGACGCUCAAGGAACUUCAAUCCCGUCACCAAGUGUUUAAUCCACUUGCAUAUAUCAGACCGAUGAUCAAAGGUCAACUACUUCCUGCUGUGGUUGAUAAGUUACUAGAUGCUAGGAAGGAAUUGGAAAAGGUCUUGGUACAGCAAAUUACAGCUUUCACCAAACAUUGGCAAGCGAGGUUGUUGGAGAAGGAUCCUAGGAAGACAGAUCAGGUGUUGAAAGCUGAGCAAGAAUUGGAUGUUUUGUUGGAGAGAGUUUUUGACGAGGAGACUACACGGGCCGCGUUAUUGAGAAUGAUUAGAGGAGGAGAGGAGUAUUAGGAGUCGGGGUUGAAUGGCUCUCAUUGUUGCUUUCUGAUGUUUAGCAGGAGAUUGUAACUUGAUACCAAUAUCCAAGUUAUCGUCUAUCUCAUCCAGGUCGCAGAGCAGUUCUUGGAAUUCAUAAAAUACCAUUCUUAAUCACUCAUCAUCAAUUUAAUCCCUGAUCUUUUGCCUUUGAUAUUUUCUCACAUCUCAAAAGCAUACUAUGUAUCUUUUCACCAUCGAAGAAUGUUCCCCGUACACUCGUUGCCAAGCAUAUCAUACUCAUCGUUAUGACUUGCCAAUAUGUAACGUAUCUCAGACUCCUCCCUACAUAAUCUUUAUUCGUUCCUCAGAGAUAGAAAAACAGCAUUACUUUAAUAGUACUAAACACAUGGCCUGUCUUCCUUUCCAUCUUCAUCUCCUUGCCGCAACUACAGUGAAACAAAAAGCUGCCUAACAUCUCAUAACUGAGCUCCACCCAUCAUCAAUC